AACCCUUUUCAACCAACACAACCAAAUCCAAAACACCACAACAAACAAACAAACAAUGUCCGGAAGAGGUAAAGGAGGCAAGGGGCUGGGAAAGGGAGGAGCAAAACGACACCGUAAAGUUCUCCGUGAUAACAUCCAAGGUAUCACCAAGCCGGCUAUUCGUCGGCUGGCGCGCCGUGGCGGCGUUAAGCGGAUCAGCGGGCUAAUCUACGAGGAGACACGUGGCGUGUUGAAGAUCUUUCUCGAAAAUGUUAUUCGUGAUGCGGUUACCUACACCGAGCAUGCUCGUCGGAAAACUGUUACUGCUAUGGAUGUUGUUUAUGCGUUGAAGCGACAGGGCCGUACUCUGUAUGGUUUUGGUGGUUAGGGUUUGUUUUUGUUACAGAUCUGUUGGUUUAAACUUGUUCAUGUAUUUGUGUAAUUGAAGUUUCUAGUGAAUUGCAAACUUUGCAUUUUACGAUUAAUGAUUCAUUUGGGGCUGAAUUGAAAGUGCAUUUGAUUUA